AUGGCAUAUUCUCAAAUGUUCAUUGUAUGCCUCAUGCAGAUGCAAAAAAUCCUGUUGGUAUCUGUCCUUAUGGUGUAUGUGCUUCCAGACUCUAAGUUCAAUUCUAAGCACAGAUCAUGGCCAGUGAUCUGGGAAGCUGGCAUUGUGAUAGAGGUACCACCUUGGACCCAAGUGAUGUACCUGUCCUCCUUGUUUUUGCAUUUGAACAUUGAUGGCAGUGUGCCUACAAGGGACAACAGCAAUGUAAUUGAAGGAGAUAUUGUGGACAUGGGUGUUAGGGAUAGGGGCUUGAUAGCCUCAGAGCACACAGAAACUUGUUAG